ACACACACACACACACACACACGGGACCACACAUGACUUGUGCGCGCUCCCGGUUGUGAUUUACGCGUGCCAAAUUCAUUUUCACAUUUUCAUGCGGUCGGUAUUAUCUGCAAAGCGCCGGGGAUAUGUUUUAUUAUUCGGUUGCCUCUGGUGGUGCCCCCCCCCCCCGCCACCCCAACCCCAACCCAAUCGGGGAGGGAGCGCGUGCGUGUGUGUGUUUGUGAGCUGCUGUGUUUUAUGAGUCCAACAACAGACGGACGAAGACACACAGGGAGAGAAAGAAUCAAUUUAACGCGCCGAGGAUUCCGGUGUGAUUGCGCAAUCUCACCGGGAACCGGAGGAAGAUUAGACAGAGAGAUUGAAUGAGAUUUAGACAGAGAGAAAGGGAGUGGGAGAUUGAAAAAGGGAAAUAGGAAAAGGGAGAAGUGGUGGGGGAGAGUCGCGGUGGUUCCCAGCACCCCCCUGCAGCCCUCUCUCCCCUUCCUCCUCUUCUUCCUCUCUCCAAGAAAAGGAAAGGGGGCGAACGAAUGCCAGGCACGGAAGCUUCCCAUUGGUCAGUCUGAGGUCAGCUGGUCUCUGCCUCCCCCUUACCCCUCCUCACCCCAUCCCGUCUUCUACACACACACACACACACACACACACACACACAGGCUCUCUCUCUUGUUCUCCCACCUCCUCUCUCUCUCUAUCCCAUACUGGCACUCAGCCACCCAAAUACCCCUUCCCCUCUCUCACCCUCUCUCACCCUCCUCACCCCCCUCCUCCCAAUCUGCGAUAAACUAAGUGAUAGCAGCAGCCCGUUGGACUGUCGGCUAUAAAACACAACAAAUCAUAAAGUGCAGGCAGGGGAAGGCAGAGGAAGGAGGACGGGAGGGAGAACCGUUAGCCGUUAGCCGUUAGCCUCCUUCUACUCCUCCUUCUUCUUCAUCGCGUGAACGUUGUUGUUGUGUUUGUGUCGUGCCCUCCUGUCCUCCCCUCUCCUCUUCUCUUCUUUUCCUCUCCUAUCCUUUCUUCUCUUCUCAUCCUUCUUCUCCUGGCUUUCUCCCGAUGAGUUCCUAUUUUGUCAACUCCUCUUUCCCGGUGACGCUACCGGGAACGGGUGGAGGCGGGCAGGCGGCGGCGGAGUCGUUCCUGGGUCAGAUCCCGCUCUACUCGUCGGGAUACGCCGCCGACCACCCGCUCAGGCACUACCCGGCAGCAGCCGUUACCGCUGCCGCGGCCGUGGCGUACGGCGCGAGCGGCAGCGGCGUGCACCAGGAUAAAACAUACACGGCGUCCACCUACUAUCAGCAGGCUGCGAACGGAGCGUACGGCGGGCACAGGGCGGCAGCAGGUGUCGGCGUUGGGGGCACAGCCGGAGCCGGUGCCUGCGACUACGCCACGGCGGCGGCGGCAGCGGCGGCUGCAGCGGCGGCAACUGGCUUCUACCGGGACAAGGAGCACCCGUGCAGCCUGGACGAGCACCAGCUCGCGCUGAGCCAGGACGGCAUGCACCGUAAGGCGGAGUGCGCGGGGCUGAGUGGGAAAGGGCUGUUCGGUGACACGAUGGAGGAUAAGCAACCGUCAUCUGCCCCUAUUUAUCCGUGGAUGCAGCGAAUGAACGCGUGCAACGGGACUUUCGGCAGCCCCGGGAGGCGCGGACGGCAGACUUACACGCGCUACCAGACGCUCGAGCUAGAGAAGGAGUUCCACUUCAACCGGUACCUCACGCGGCGGCGGCGGAUCGAGAUCGCGCACGCGCUCUGCCUCACGGAGCGCCAGAUCAAAAUCUGGUUCCAGAACCGGAGGAUGAAGUGGAAGAAGGAGAACAAAUUGAUCAACUCCUCAUCUUCCUCGUCGUCCUCCUCCUCUUCCUCCACGGUGAACGGUGCAGAAGAAGAAGAGAAACGGACGGAGUGAAAGAGGAGAGACAAACUGAUGUAAGAUACAUAAAAGAGGAAGAGGAGGAUGGAAGAAAAGACAUGCUGGUUAAUCCUUUCCCCUCCCCGUCUCAAACUUCGUCCAGACCUUUGUCUGAUGUGAAAACUCUGGGAAAAAGUAGCCUACAUUUCGUUUUACUUUUCUUUUUUUUUUUAAGCCGGAGCAGGGGUGAAACAUAUUAGAGAACUAAGGAGAAGAAUAUCCAUUUUUGAUUCCUCGAGUAUCGCCACUCAUCCAAAAAUGUAUCCCACUGCUUCUAUAGGCUCAAUUUGCCUCUCUGUGUGCUGUGAAAAUUGGGAAAUCAUUUGACUGUUGAGAAAGGAUCGCAUGGCUGUGGAGGAGAAAAAAACUGAUAAAAUUAAGAGAUUAAAAAAGAACAAAGAAUAGAAAAAAAAGAGAGAGAGAGAGAGAACGGUGGCGGACAAGCUAUGACAUCCGAAGCGUGUAAACAACCCGCCACUCGAUGACAAACUGUGUCAAGACACAAUUUCUUGCUGCAUUCCAAUAGAACCUAACUUCUUAUAUUCUAUUUAGUUUUUAUUUUUAUUUUUCUUGUCUUGCAGGCACUUGUUUUGAAGCUUUAGGAUUCGACUUCAGGCUGUUUCUCCCCCCCGAUGGUUUUGUUUUCUGUUUUCCUAAACGUGUAGUGUGUAUCACUUUCAGUACCUUCAAAUACACACAACAACGUGGGGAGCUGUUUGAGAAGUGUAUGUAUGUCAUAUGGUGUUCAUAUUUAAACUGUAUAGAAAUAAGCAAGGAAAAAAAUAAAAUAAUGUAAUUGCGGGAGAGGGUAAUUUAACUUUUCCGGCUGUUUUAAUUUUCCAAUAGAAAGGGGGCGCGUGGGAGGGGGUGUUAACCUGCUGAUGUUAUUCUCCAAACUACCUAAAAACGUUCAGGAAAGUGUAUAUUUUAUGGAUUUUUACAUUGUUUGUUUUUGUUAGUGUUUUUGUCAGUAAUUACGUAUACUACCUAUGAGAAAUGUUCAAUAAAAUGUUAAGAAAUGUA